GAUUGGUCAGGUAAAAAGGCAUUUAUUCCCUGACAGCCCUCAUCACAUGAAUGGUUGUCUAUUAACUUGUUCAAAAAGUAUCAGGAGUUGUCAAGGCUCUGGCGGAGAGGGAAAAGUCGUUUGUUGAUUCUUUGAGACCAAGAGAGAAGUUUGUGGACACAACAGGACCUACUGGCUCAAAGCAAAAAAGACGUUUACUAUUUCUACAAAGUUACUGAAAACGACAAGGUAACUCCAGCUAACUACCUUUUGAGUUGGACUUUUUCAAUUGGUCGGGCAAAUUUAAUAAAAAUCUGUUAAUAAUGUAUAACAUGAUGGAAACUGAACUGAAACCCCCCGCACCCCAGACAAAUUCUGGGGGUACUGGGAAUUCAAAUUCAUCUGGAAACAACCAGAAAAACAGCCCGGACCGAGUCAAGAGACCCAUGAAUGCCUUCAUGGUUUGGUCGAGGGGACAACGAAGAAAGAUGGCACAGGAAAACCCCAAAAUGCACAAUUCGGAAAUAAGUAAAAGACUUGGGGCCGAGUGGAAGCUUCUAUCUGAGAGCGAAAAGCGACCUUUCAUUGACGAAGCGAAGCGUCUCCGGGCUCUCCACAUGAAGGAACAUCCGGAUUACAAAUACCGACCCCGGAGGAAAACCAAGACGCUGAUGAAGAAGGACAAGUACACUCUGCCAGGUGGGCUUCUUGCACCGGGCGGCAAUGGCAUGGGCGCGGGAGUGGGUGUAGGGGGAGGCUUGGGUGGUGGUGUUAAUCAAAGGAUGGACAGUUACGCACAUAUGAACGGCUGGACAAAUGGAGGUUAUGGCAUGAUGCAGGAGCAGCUUGGCUACGGGCAGCACCCUGGUUUAAACGCUCACAACAACGCGCAGAUGCAGCAAAUGCACCGCUAUGACAUGAGCGCACUUCAGUACAACUCCAUGACUAACUCCCAGACCUACAUGAACGGAUCACCCACGUAUAGCAUGUCCUACUCACAGCAGAGCACUCCUGGAAUGACUCUGGGCUCCAUGGGUUCGGUGGUCAAGUCAGAGUCCAGUUCCAGUCCCCCCGUAGUCACAUCGUCGUCUCACUCCAGGGGUGCUCCAUGUCAGACAGGAGACCUACGGGACAUGAUCAGUAUGUACUUACCGGGCGCUGAGGUGCCGGAGCAAACUGCUCAAAGCAGACUCCACAUGUCCCAACAUUACCAGAGCGCACCUGUACCCGGCACGACGAUUAAUGGCACACUCCCAUUAUCACAUAUGUAAAUUAACUUUUAUAAAAGAAACUGGACUACUCUGGACUAUUUUUGUACAGAAAAUUUGGGGUGGGAAAUGUUGUAUAGAACUCAAGGAAAGAACAUAAAACGUUUUUGUCUUUCUAUUCUAAAGAUAAGUUCUAGAGGAACGGUAGGAACUCUGCAAAAGUUUUUCAAUGAUGUAUAAGUUUGGAAAGUAGAAAGUGGGAGAGUCUCAAUCAGAUGUUUUAUUAUUGCAAUCACCUUUUGUACAGUAUUUAUCAAAGAAACAUAACAAUCAGAUGUAAUGUUUGUAAACUACAAGAGGUUACAUUUUUAUAAUCAGAAAGUCUGCAGCAAAGAAAAUGGCAGAAUUGAAAUUGAGUUCAAGAUGCUUAUAAAACUGCAAACAUUGGAAUAGCGGUAGAAAAAGCAAAGCAGGUAAAUGUUUCUCCUUGAGGGUCAUUAGUACUAAACCAUUUUAAUUUCCUUAAAGAAAAAGAAGAAGAAGCGGAAACCUUUCCUUGCAGGUUAAGCAUAAUUGUUAAUUUAUAUUUUGUCUCCCACUUUUCAUCUGUUAGAGGUAUAAAGUUUGUGUUCUUUAUUUUCUAAUGAUUUGUACGAUUUAUGUAUAUUUACUGUGAUAUUUUACGUUUUUAUUUCAAAUUUCAUUCCCGUAGUUGUAUUUUAAAUGUUGGCCUGUACGCAGCUGCCAACACUUCAUGUAUAUAUAUAUUCGAACUAAUAUCAUCAUUAUAACAGUUACAAUUUCAGCUGAGUUUUUUCAAUAUGCAGUUUGAAAUGAAUAAAUUUUUGAAAUUUGGAUACUUGAAAUUGUAUUGAGUUUUGAUUUUAUUUAUCAUUUAAUUCAUUAGAUAAGAUUGUCAUUCACGCUCAAUUUGUUGUGGAUUGUUCAUGUUUUGUAUUGCAUUUAUGUUAUUCAUGUUGCGUCAAUAUUUGUUAAUCACAUAAUGUGUAAGAACAUGAUAGCCUUUCAUAUUCUGUCAUAUUUAUUAUAUCGUUUUUUUACAAUCCAAGGAAACAGGAAUAAAAUAAAGCUAUAAUGUGCUAAAUCUGAAA